GUUUACAUUAAAAUACAAUCUGGCUGAUUCUACACAUUUAUUGCAAAGUCGUUCUAAGUUACUCAAUAAUUUACACGCACUGUUCAAAGGUGACUUAAUCAUUUUGGCUGAACUGGAGAUUGUAUCAGUAACUUUUAAUAAGCUUUAUCAUCGUUUAUUCAACUGGUUCAACAGCGUUUAAAACGAUACCAUAUACUCAAAAUGGUGAUGAAAUUCGGCUACUGGAAGCCUCGUGCGCUCGGUGAGCCAAUCAAAAUGCUGCUAGAGUACCUGGAGGAGCCAUAUGAGUGGAAAUAUUACGAGCCCGACAACAUCGCCGAGUGGUUUGAACAGGAUAAGUAUAAUCUGGGGAUACAUUUUCCCAACUUACCCUGGAUGAUAGACGGGGACGUGAAGAUUGCCCAGUCCAUGGCGAUUUUGAAGUACAUCGGAAGGAAACAUGGCAUGUUUGGGGGCGCGACUAACGAAGAAAUUACACAACAGGAGACGUUGCUGGAGACUGCCAACGACCUGAAAGUGAAAAUGAUGGCACUUGUUUACAGUGAGGGAGACUUCGAAACCAAGAAAAAGGUGUUUGUGGAAAACAUGAAGAAAAAUCUCUACUUCUACGAGAAAUAUUUCUCAACACACAAAUGGCUCCUUGGUGACAAACUAUUUGUCGGAGAUUUCCUUUAUGGUCAGGAAUGGAUGGGAUCGUGUGUUUGGAGCCGUCUAUUCUGGCUGACUUUCCGAACGUCGCUCGCUACCAGAAGGAGUUCGAGAGCAUCCCGAAGAUUGAAAAAUACUUGAAGAGUGAGAAGUUUAAGAAGUUUCCCAUCAAUGGGCCGAUGGGCCAAUGGGGCGGAGAGUAUGAGUAGAACACACAAGCAACAGUCCACAUGAAAUGCACAAAAGGGCCAAUUUUUGCAUUUUAAACUUCAAGGUCUCAAAAUCAUUAUAAAUAUCUUUUCACUUCUGCUAUAUAUUCACAACAUUAAAAUUCUGUUAAAUUGUUGCGUUUAAUUGAGCGAACCUUCAGAUUUCGAAGGCGUAAAAUUUA